UGUGCUUGGUUCGCUCUAGGUUCGGUUUCCAGUCGAGAUUGUGAAACGGAACGUUUCGUUCGUUUUCCGCCGCUCGUCCGUGUCAAUGCGUCAAUACUGUUUGUAACGUGGGCAAAAUACGGGCAAUCGGAGCCUGCCGUGUGAGGGCUUGUGGAGUUGCCGUGUAAAGUGCAUUCUACGAUAGGAUCAUCUUCGGUGCAUCUCGGUGUGAUUGAGAGGAUUUAUGAUCCUUGCUUGAAUGAUUGCAGUUAAGUGUCGGUGAGAUUGAAAGAAAAUCAGAAACGAAACUGUGAUUGUGAAGUGUUUCGUAAAGGAUAAUGAUUCAACAUUUUUUUACUGAAGAAUGAAGCUGUUUAAAAUCUAUGAUGAGGAUCACAGUUAAACUGAAAGUUCUAUAAAGGAGUUCAUCAUAAAACGGUGCAUUGGUGAUAGUUUUAAACAUCAGUUUUACGAUUACAAAAUUAGCUGAAAGGGCAUCCAGCAGAAGCAAAUAUUGCUAACCCACCGGCUAUCGCUUACAAUCAGUACUUGCUGAGCUCCCUCAGUGUGGAAGAAAUGCCCCAUACCGGUCAAGCAGGUGUCAACCAGCUCGGCGGUGUUUUCGUCAACGGUAGGCCCCUGCCAGACAUCGUCCGACGGCGGAUAGUUGAGCUGGCGCUGAUGGGCGUGCGCCCUUGUGACAUUUCCCGCCAGCUACUGGUAUCCCAUGGCUGUGUAUCGAAAAUUCUCACCCGAUUCUACGAAACCGGUUCGAUAAGGCCCGGAUCAAUCGGCGGCAGCAAAACUAAGCAAGUGGCAACGCCGACCGUGGUGAAGAAAAUCCUACGCUUCAAGCAGGAAAAUCCCGGCAUGUUUGCCUGGGAAAUCCGCGACCAACUGCUAGCCCAACGGAUUUGCGACCCCAACACGAUACCCUCGGUGAGCUCUGUCAAUCGGAUACUACGGAACGGUGGGCUUUGGACGGACGAUAUGACGUCGAAUGAACAAAUGAUGCGAGAUCAAUCGCACUCAUCAUCCUACAUGACCGCCAAACCCAUGACCCACCCACUGUACAGCCAAACACUCGAGCAGCAUCACGCUCUGCUGAAUCAGUAUCGCUACAGUAUGGCAUCGGCUGUGUCACCUGAUGGAAAGCCCGUACAUCCUCACCCCUACAGUUCUAUCCCCGGAGCCGUACCCCCGGUUCAGAAAACGGCUGCCGUCAAUAUCAUACAACACGAAGGCCAUACACCAACCAAAGCAGAUCCUAGCAAGCAGCUAUCUUCGCCAGGAUCCCCCAAAGCAGAAUCCAAAAGUGAACCAACUUCAUCGAAUUCCACUCCGGCAACGCUUUCGCCGCAGAUGGCGUACCUACCGAAACACUGGAUCUGGAACACCAGUCUCUUCUAUGCGGCUAACCGCAGCAUUGCGGCUGGAUCUGACCCUUCAGCCGCUUUCUCGCACGGAUACCUAGCCUACGGAAAUCCGUUUGCGACUUCCGGAGGAUUCGCUGUGCAACGCGAUAGCUACAGAAACGAUGGGACCAGCUCCAAUACCAGUUCGUCGCCCGUUCAGAUCACCGAUGUCAACUCGGACGACUCUUCGGAUAACCACGACGACCUGAGGACGAGUAUUUGCAAAAAGCGCAAUCCUUACUCUAUUGAAGAGCUGCUCAAAAAACCCGAAAAGCGACAAAAACUAGACUCGGUAACCAUUACCUGCGUGCCGCGGACCUCCCGCGAUGGGUACCAAUCGUCUCCAUCGGCAUCGCCAUCGAAAUCGGCCAGCCCACCUCUGCUGUCGUCGACCCAUUACCCACCGUCACAAAGUUCAGCGGGUUCUAUCGAUCAGCACGAAGGCAUGAGUCUGAUCAAAUCCAAACCGGAAACUCUCAAUGAAAACAGUGUGAAUAUUGAAAUUUGUGAUUAAACUACUGUAGAAGUAGUCAUUGCCAUAAAAGCGCAUUUGUUGAUCUAGUUUUGUACGUACUGUUAUCUGUAGAGGGAAACCCCAUUCUUUUGUAAAUAGUUAUUAUAUUAGUUAUGAUGGGCUUACCAUUCUCCUCAAGCUAGAAUCUGUGGAUCAAACAACUACAAGACAAGUAGAAUAAGUUUAAUUUAUUGACAAGUAAAGACCCGUACUAUGGGAAUAGAUCCGUUCUCAAAGAAGACUCAUGUAUAAAUAGAAUCGAAAACAUUCAAGAGUGAAUCCAGAGUCUCACGAAAAUUCACUGCUCAAAACACCCACUGUAAAAUAAUAUAGACUAAUUGUUUUAAUGAACAGCCGGA